AUAAAUGUAAUAAGUUAAUAAAUACAUUAUUAUUAUAUAAAUACACUAUAUAAAUUAUAUAAAUACACUCUUAUAUGGGUGUAAGGCAGUGUGAAAAAUGCUGAAAUGAUCUGCCUUCUAACUUUAAGUAGACUAAAACACAAAGGUAUCGUGGUACAGACAAGUACAUUAAUGUGUUGCUUCACUGACCUCAUAUGCAUGCAUUACAUACUUUCAUUAGCAUUUAGGGAAACACAACUUGCAUACAGAGUGGUUUACUGAUUCUGCAAGGCAACAUACUAAUGUGUUAGACAGGAAGAAAUGGGUGUGGAUGUAACACCUACAUCUCUAGCUUUCAGUGAUCUCAGCUGAACUGUUUUUCCUGGGCAAGGGCUGUUAAGCAGACAGUUAACUGACAUGAGAGUUGGCUUGUCAUUACCGGAAAAAGAAAUAUAAUCAAUUGUAAUUUGAGAACUUGGCUACUGCGUCCUGGAUUAGUGCUCUACUGCCUGGGCUUUACAAAUGGGGCUUUCUAAAGACAUUUUUUCAAUGUUUAUUGUUACUUUAGCUAGCUAAUCAAAGGCGAUGAUCAUCAUUAGCUUUCUCUGUAUAUAAUUUGUGGCUCUGCACUGCGUGAAUCAGCUGCUAAGCGGCCUUCCUCUGUCUCCUCUCUGAGUGGGAUCGUGAGCCGGAUGGCUUCCUCUGGUGGCACCUCUCGUGGGAGCUGCACCUCCGUCAACACUGUUUGUUCUGACAGCGACCGGGGAGCGAGUCUCAGCUCCUCUACCUCCUCCGCCUCACUUCAAGAUGGCCACUCGUCCUCCUCCUCAUCUUCGCUGCCCAGUGGAGCUGUUCCAGCCUACCCUUCACUACCCCAGCGCAAUGGCUCUGACAUCAGCCUGGACCUCACGCCAUUGUCAGGCCCAGCCUCCACCUCUUCCACAGCCCUGCCGAAACUUUCACGCCUGCAGCGGGUGUUGCUGGAGAUCGUUGAGACAGAGCAGGCCUAUGUGAGGGAUCUAAAAAGCAUAGUUGAGGACUAUCUGGGGUGCAUCAUUGACUGUGGAGACCUGCCUCUUAAACCAGAGGAGGUCAGCACACUGUUCUGCAACAUCGAAGACAUCUAUGAGUUCAACAGUGAGCUUUUGGAAGAUCUGGAGCGAAGCCCUCAUGCAGCAGCUAUAGCCGAAUGCUUUGUGGAGAGGAGUGAAGCCUUUGACAUUUACACCAUUUACUGCAUGAACUAUCCCAACUCAGUGGCCGUCCUCAGGGAAUGCAUGAAGAACGAAAGCCUGGUGCGCUUCUUCCAGGAGAGGCAGGCAACUCUCUGCCACUCACUGCCACUAGAGACCUACCUGCUAAAACCUGUACAGAGGAUCUUGAAGUACCACCUAUUGCUGCAGGAGCUGUCCAAGCACUUUGACAAGAGUGAUUCAGGAUAUGAGAUGGUGGAAGACGCCAUCAUCACCAUGACAGCUGUGGCCUGGUACAUUAACGACAUGAAGCGGAAACAGGAACAUGCAGUACGACUCCAGGAGAUUGAGAGUCUGUUGCGAAACUGGACUGGUCCUGAUCUCAGCGGCUUUGGAGAGCUGGUUCUGGAAGGUUCCUUCCGGGUUCAGAGGGUUAAAAAAGAGAGGGCCUUCUUCCUCUUUGAUAAAAUGCUGCUUAUUGCAAAAAAGAGGAUGGAACAUUUCAUCUACAGCACACACAUUUUUUGUUGUAACUUGCUCUUGGUGGAGAACAUGAAGGAUCCUCUCUGUUUCAAGGUGUCAGAUCAGACAAUCCCAAAACAACAGCACAUUGUUCAGGCUAAAAACCAGGAGGAAAAACGAUUGUGGCUGCACUACCUCAAGAGGCUAAUAGUGGAAAACCAUCCUGCAUCUCUCCCCCAGAAGGCAAGGCAGGUCCUUGGCGAUACUUUCUGUCCAUCACCUCAGUUUGAACAAGAGCCAAACCGAAAGCCUGUCCCUUCUCCUCGAUUAGAUGACGCCCAUGGCUUUCACAGAGGAAGAAGACAAUCAGAACCCCCAGAAUUUAUCUACACCCCUGAGAAGGCCAGGAAAAACCUUCCAUUGCUACUGGAAGGGAACCUGCCAUAUCGCAGAGGGCGCAGACAGUCAGCUCCUGCCAAAGACAUAGAAGCAGCAUUUCAACAAAGUGCCUCUUUAAAGGUGAGAGCAGACUUAUUUUACAGAGUAAAUGUAUCAAUUUCUGUAGCAUUUUCAAUGAAGACACAACAUGUGCUAAACAAAAAAGUACUUGACCUGACAGUUCUUCUUAUGUGUUUGUAUUUGUGGUUUCCUAGGCUGGUAGUGAAGGUGAGCUUUACACACAGGUCGAGAGUUUGGCCUCCUCUGGCAGUGCCAGUACUCUUGCAUCAUCAGUCAUAG